CUCGAUGAUCACUGCACCUUUUCAACCCAGGCCAUUCUGUGAUUCUGUGAUGAUAGCUCGAGUGUACUGAAUAACAAAAAACUCUCUAUUUCUCGCCAGAACCACGCCCAGGACAGUCACCUCCCGCCGGUGCGGGAUGAAGGUCCUGCACACUAUCCCCAGCGCAGGAAUUCGGGACUUCUUUCCCCAGAUCAGGUUUUCCCUUCAGAGCACCAGAAGCUUCGAGUGAACGUCACUCCCUACAAUGACAGCGCCCUGCCUGAAGCACUAAACGCUCCGGAACGUUACACCGCCGUCCCACCAGGCGGCAAGCAGCUCCCGCUCCGCACGAGCCCCGCGGACGGACCCACGGCCACGCCCGGCGCGGGGCGGGGCGGCAGCGGCUGCCGGCGGCCAACAUGGCUGCGUUGGCAACGGUUUGCGUGGCGGCCUCGGGGCAGCAGCAGCAGAAUGACAGUUUUUUCAGUGCUGCAGGUGCUGCUCGACAAAUUCAGAACUGCAAGAUGAAAGCUGAACAAGCUAAGAAAACAGAAUUUGUAAGAAUAGCAGAAAAUUUAAGAACUCAGCUUGCAAAUGUACAGAAGGACAAAACUGGAUGUCUUUAUAAUAGGAAGAGUGAUUCCAGAGCAGAAUACAGCAUUCUAGAAGAAAUGGAACGUAAAAUGUCUGUCAAUAGGAAAACUGAAAAAACUAAAAUCCUGCAGCAGCUAACAAAAAUACGUAAUAAUGUGAAGAGACUUCAGCGACAAUUAGAAGAUGUGAAACCUACGUCAGAAUUUGUUGACAAGCUCAAGGAAAUGUUGGAAGAAAUUGAAAAUGCAGUCAAUACUUUUAAAGAUGAACAGAGACAAAUAUAUGAACAGCUUUUGAAGGAUGAAAAAACUGCAGUUAAUGAGCUCAGCAUAUUUGAGAAAAAAGUGGAACUGUGGGCAACAAGCAGCUCAACAACAGAAAAAGUUUUGAAGUUACCAUCAGCUAGGAUCUCGGUUAAUAAAACGCUGGGAAAUCAUUUACCUGAAGAAGUUGUAGAGUUUGAAAGAUUUCUGCAGCAAACAGGGGGUAGGCAAGGAGGUUGGGAUGAUGGUGAUCAUCAGAAUUUUCUUAAAGUAUGGACUAAACACAGAGGAAGGCUGUCCUACAUGGAUGAAGCCCUCGAGUAUCUUUGUGGAAGAACAAAAGAAGAUGUUGAACAACAUGGCUUAUGGUAUCAAGAAUUUCUCAGUUUACAAGACAGAAAAAAAGAGUCAAUUAAGAAAUGGAAAGAAAAACAGCAGAGAGAAAAAGAAGAAAAUCUGAAGAAGAAAGAGAAAUCAGAAAUUGUUCAAAGCUUUCAGUAUGAAGAUCAGAUGCAAAAAGCAGAAGAAAGAAGACGACAACAGGCAGCAAUUUCAGCAUGGAAAAAACAGAAAGCAAUAACAUCUGUGAUGGAACAAGCAUCACAAGUAAAACUAGAGGAAGGGAAGAGAAAAAAACUAAAAGAAUGCCAGCACCAUUGCCACAUGAUGUUACUGGUGGAAAGGAAUACCUUGCAAAUGAAAGAGAAGCUUGAAAAGGAGAAAACAGAGAGAGCUGAAAAAGAGGAGAACUGCUGCAGGAGAAAUUACUGAAUUUCAAGAGCAAGUUUGUAAUUAGCUCUCCAUUCAUGCAUACAAUUAUGUUAAAUUUACCAAUUUCCCUGUAUAAUUCAAUCUGCUAAACAUUUUCAUAUUUUUUUUUUAAAUCCCUUACGCUCUAGUUCUACUCACUUAAAUCUGUUUUUAAUUUGGUAGGAAUAACAGUGUCUGUCAACACCUAGUAUAGAAACUUUGUUCAGGACAAAGAUAUUCUUUUCCUCAAUAUUUAAGUUCUGUCUGUAGGAUUAUUGAAGUCUGUGCUUCUAAAUAUAGAGAUGAUUUUGUUGAAUUGAAUCUGUUUGGGAAAAAUGGCUGAGUUGACUUUUUUUUCGUGGAAAGCAAGAGACCCAAUUGUUAUAUACAGACAUAAUAAUAAAUAUUUGAAGAUCCUACUGCUUUCAGUAGCUGUAAUAUCUAGUUAUGUCCCAUCUCAUUGUGAAUUUACUUGAGAACUGGUAUUACUGUCCGUAUUCACACUAAGUUUCAUUCAGACUGAACUGCUGUGAUUUUUCAAUACUGUGUAAUUUUUUGUAAGUUUGAACAAGAAGUUACAUCAAGUACCUGUCUAAAUGUGAAUUUA